CAAAAGAGCUACACGGUCCGCGAGAAGCGCGAAGCGGUCCGCCUCGUCGAAGAUGUGGGGGUGGAGGAGGCAGCCCGCGAGCUCCAACUUGUUCGGGGCACUGUCCAUCGCUGGUGGAAGCAAGCUGAAAAGCUUUUUAGCUUCACUGGCCACAGUUUUGAAAAAAUUUAUAAAGUUGAGUCUAAGUCCCUGAAGGGCCAGGGCCGCAGGGAAGUAUUUCCCGACAUUCCUGCGGUCGUCACUUUCAUGAAGGAUGUGCGGCGCGAAGAGAAGGUAAGUUCUUUUUUAGAAUCUCAUAAUUUGUAGCGUUUACCCGUUAAACUUCAUGCUAUAAUGUACAGGCCCUCACUACGGGUGGCAUUAUGUCCUUCAUGUGGGCAAUCGAGACCGAGUGGGUCGAGGACUACCUGCAAAGGAAGCGGAGCGGCAUCCUGGCGCUUGAGCGCAUGGUCGAGAGACUCGCAAUUCGGUAAAUAAUUUUGUUUUUGCUAAAAUUCAAUGAGUUUUCCGACAUUUACCUUUAUUUGCGUGUUUAGGCAUGGUUUUACCUCCCAGAAGCCACAAACGGCAAGGAAAAGCACCGAGGAGCUAGAGCAAACGCGCGCCGAGUUCGCGCUGGACUUCUGGAAGACGCACGCCGCGUACGGGCCGAAGGGCAUGUACAACGUGGACGAGACUGCCAUCAAUUUUGACAUGCCUCCGGCUCGGAUGGGGGCGGGUAGAGGUCGGCGGGACGCUGCGAGGAUUGCGAACACGUCCAAGCACACCGGCCGCAUGACGGGUGUGCUCACGAUUCGAGCUGAUGGUAAGUUUUCCUUUUUGUUGUUCUCUUAAUUUUUAUUUUUUAAGGCCAAUUUGUAUUUCUUAUACUAUUUUUAGGGAAAAAGCUGCCGAUUCUGUUUGUUCUGCGUGGCAAGCUGGGCGGUCGAAUCGACACAAGCGAGUUCGAAGAGUAUCUGGAAGGACACUUCUACACCGUCCAAGAGAACGCUUGGAUGGACGCUGUUCCGUGAUGUUUUUACGUAUAAAAGUUGUUUAAAGAUGAAGUUGAUGGACCCGCUGUCCUCCUUCUUGACAACUUUGAGUGUCAUGUGUCGGAAGAGGGGCAGCGGGUCGUUGCCGAAGCUGCUAAUGCUACUGUGGUCCCUCUACCCGCAAACAGCACGGCUGCUUGGCAGCCGCUGGAUGUCGGUGUAAUGGGGCCACUAAAGGCAAAGUUGCGCUCGAACUGGUCUGGCAUCACGGGUGGCAGUGCUAAGGAAAAGCGGCUCCGUGCCGUUCGCGCUACGAUUGCUGCUUGGGAUGCCAUCCCCGAAAGCACUGUAAUUAGGAGCUUCAAGGCAGCUAUUCCUCAGUAUCCUGAGAUUAGCAUUUGAAUAAAAUGCAGCUUUUUUGCAGAACAUUCGGAUUUGUGCUUUGUUUUUGAACAGUUACGCAACCUUUUAGCCAAUCAUGUUUUUCUUUUUUAUCUGUGCCGUAUUUUGUGUUACACUCCUUAACUAUGCAGGAUGGCAGUCAGUCACGCCGGAUUUUUCCGUCGUUGUCUGUACACGUUUGUAUUAUUGACGCGAAAAUCUAUUGCAUAGCAUUGACAAUUUCUCUUCGCUUCUCCUUUUAUUCGAUCGCACUGCAAUUGUAUCAUGUGACAACGAAAGCAAGCCAAACAGCAACAGUUAGUAAUUGUGCAUAGCGAACCAUCGUUACCUCUCUGCCUUCACCACCACGCGGUGCUUCUGUAGGCCGUCAUCCAGUGCACUCGACGUGUUCCUCAAAGUCUCGGGACAGUGGCGCCUUCAUCUCGUUGCGGUAGGAUCGCUACGGGUGCUGAUACUGCUGCACGGUCAGCGAUAAUAUAACUUUGGCACACACACACACAAGACUGUAUAUGGUCAUCCACAGGACGCAGCACUCGCACGCACACAUGAAGCGGCGCUUGUGUCACAGUGGACGCUCCGGACGCUGCACUCCACCACUCACAGGACGUUGCACCACUCGCAAGACGCUGCACUCUACGAU